GCGCUUGCGUUUUCCCCCACCCUUUCCUUCAAAACUACCACCGGGAUGUCGUCGAAGCCGAUCCGUGAGUUCGACGCGAAGCUUUUGCUGAGCUACUGGCUGCCGCGCGCCCCAGCGCCCACCAAGAGCUACCCCCCUCUCAGUGAUGCAUACACCCCGAAUGCGUUCCCUGUUGCACAGGCUGCGCAGAUCUCCUGGGAUGAGCAGGCGGGCAAGAUCGUCCCCGACAAGAGCGCGCUGCCGGCAUGGGCUCAGACCUCCAAGCUCGUCGCAAAGCCCGACAUGCUCAUCAAGCGUCGCGGAAAGGCGGGCCUCCUCUCCCUGAACAAGGGCAUCGAUGAGUCGAUCCAGUGGAUCAACGAGCGCGCGGGGAAGCCGUGCAAGGUCGAGUCGACCACUGGCCUUCUCACCAACUUCAUCAUCGAGCCCUUCCUCCCCCAUCCCUCCGAGAACGAGUUCUACGUCUGCAUCACGUCCGGGCGCGACGCGGACACCAUUCUCUUCACCCACGAAGGUGGUGUGGAUAUUGGCGAUGCGGACGCCAAGUCCCUCAAGCUCGACAUUCCCGUCCUUGCGGUCGGCGAGUACGGCCAACCGUUCCCCACUCGGGAGGAGAUCCAGAAGACUCUCCUUCCCAAUGUUGCUGCCGACAAGAAGGACGUGCUGACGGACUUCGUCCUCCGCCUCUACGCCGUCUACGUCGACUUGCACUUCGCCUACCUUGAGAUCAACCCUCUCGUGGUCCUCGACCCGAAGGAGCCCGGAGGCACCCCGACCGUGCACUUCCUCGACACCGCCGCGAAGCUUGACCAGACCGCCGAGUCAAUCGUCGGUCAGAAGUGGGCGAUCGCGCGUGACGAGAGCGUCAUCCUUGGCCAGGAGUCCAAGCCUGUCGUCGGCGGCAAGGUUCAGGCUGACCGCGGCCCUCCUAUGGUCUUCCCGGCGCCCUUCGGCCGCCAGCUGACGAAGGAGGAGGCGUACAUCCAGAAGCUCGACGCGAGCACGGGCGCCAGUUUGAAGCUCACCGUUCUCAACGCUGAGGGCCGCGUGUGGACGAUGGUCGCCGGUGGUGGUGCGUCCGUCGUGUACUCCGACGCGAUCGCUGCGCACGGCUUCGCGCACGAACUCGCGAACUACGGCGAGUACUCCGGUGCGCCGUCCGAGGGGCAGACGUACGAGUACGCGAAGACGAUCCUCGACUUGAUGACCCGCGGCACGCCGCGCGAGGACGGCAAGAUCCUCAUCAUUGGUGGUGGUAUCGCCAACUUCACGAACGUUGCCGCGACCUUCAAGGGCAUCAUCCGCGCGCUCAAGGAGUUCAAGGCGCCGCUCAUUGCGCAUAAGGUCAAGAUCUUCGUGCGCCGCGGUGGCCCGAACUACCAGGAGGGCCUCAAGGCCAUGCGCCUCCUCGGCGAGAGCCUUGGCGUUCCCAUCAAGGUCUACGGCCCGGACACGCACAUCACUGAGAUCGUUCCCCUCGCUCUCGGUGUGCAGUCUGGCCAGAAGUCGACGCUGCAGCCGGCGAAGAGCAUCAGCGCGUCGACGCCGCCGAGCCCGCCGGCCAUCGACGUUGACAUGAACUCGGCGGAGAACUCGGCCAGCGUCGGCGAGGUCAAGUCGAGCGGGGAGCGCACGCAGGCGGGUGACAACAUCGUCCACUUCGAGGGCGGCAAGGCGGGCACGCGCCCGUGGUACCGCCCCUUCGAUGAGAAGACGCGCAGCUUCGUCUACGGCUUGCAGCCGCGUGCCAUUCAGGGCAUGCUCGACUUCGACUACAGCUGCGGUCGCGACACGCCUUCCGUCGCCGCCAUGAUCUACCCCUUCGGUGGCCACCACAUCCAGAAGUUCUACUGGGGCACCAAGGAGACCCUUCUCCCUGUCUACACCAGCGUCGAGGAGGCCGUCAAGAAGCACCCCGAUGUCGACGUCGUUGUCAACUUCGCCUCGUCGCGUUCCGUCUACAGCUCGACGCUCGAGUGCUUCAAGUACGCCGACACGCUCAAGGCGAUCGCACUCAUCGCUGAGGGUGUCCCCGAGCGCCACGCUCGCGAGAUUCUGCACCUCGCGCGCCAGAAGGGCGUCCUCAUCAUCGGCCCCGCGACGGUCGGUGGUAUCAAGCCUGGCUGCUUCCGUAUCGGCAACUCUGGUGGUAUGAUGGACAACAUCAUCGCGUCCAAGCUCUACCGCCCGGGCUCCGUCGGCUAUGUCUCGAAGUCCGGAGGCAUGUCGAACGAGCUGAACAACAUGCUUAGCCUGUUUACGAACGGCACGUACGAGGGUAUCGCCAUCGGUGGUGACCGCUACCCGGGCUCGACGUUCAUUGACCACCUGAUGCGCUACGAGAAGGAUGAAAACUGCAAGAUGCUGGUGCUGCUCGGUGAGGUCGGCGGUGUCGAGGAGUACCGCGUCGUCGAGGCCGUCAAGCAGGGCAAGAUCACCAAGCCCAUCGUCGCUUGGGCCAUUGGUACCUGCGCGAAGAUGUUCACGACGGAGGUGCAGUUCGGUCACGCCGGUUCCAUGGCGAACUCGGAGCUCGAGACCGCCGACACGAAGAACCGCAUCAUGCGCGAAGCGGGCUUCCUCGUUCCGGACACCUUCGAGGAGCUCCCGCAGCUGCUCAAGUCGACGUACGAGACGCUCGUCAAGAAGGGCGCGAUCACCCCGAAGAUGGAGCGCGACCCGCCCGUCAUCCCGAUGGACUACAAGUGGGCGCAGGAGCUCGGGCUCAUCCGCAAGCCGGCCGCGUUCAUCUCUACGAUCUCCGACGAGCGCGGGCAGGAGCUGCUGUACGCGGGCAUGCGCAUCUCGGACGUGUUCAAGGAGGACAUUGGCGUCGGCGGUGUCGUCAGCUUGCUGUGGUUCAAGCGCCGCUUGCCGCCGUGGGCGACGAAGUUCAUCGAGAUGGUGCUGAUGCUCACUGCCGACCACGGUCCUGCCGUCUCCGGCGCGAUGAACACCAUCGUCGCGUCGCGUGCUGGCAAGGACUUGAUCUCGUCGUUGGCGUCUGGUCUCUUGACCAUCGGCUCCCGCUUCGGUGGUGCGCUUGAUGAGGCGGCGGCGAUGUUCUCGAACGCGCGCGACACUGGUCUCACCCCACGCGAGUUCGUCGACAACUCGAGGAAGGCAAACAAGCUGAUCUCGGGUAUCGGCCACAAGAUCAAGAGCGUCAACAACCCCGACUUGCGUGUUGAGCUCGUCAAGGAGUACGUGCGCAAGAACUUCCCUAGCCACUCCCUCCUCGAUUACGCUCUCGCUGUCGAGAAGGUCACGACGUCGAAGAAGGACACUCUCAUCCUCAACGUCGAUGGCUGCAUCGCCGUCUGCUUCGUCGACCUGCUGCGCGACUCCGGCGCCUUCACGCCCGAGGAGGCUGACGAGUACAUCAAGAUCGGCACCUUGAACGGCCUCUUCGUCCUCGGUCGCUCCAUCGGCUUCAUCGGCCACCACCUCGACCAGAAGCGCCUGCGUGCACCGCUCUAUCGCCACCCCGCAGACGACAUCUUCAUCAACAUGGCCGACGUCAGCCAGCCGCGCGUGCUGGGCAAGAUGUCCUCGUAAGCGUGCGGCGAUUCCCUCGAAGGCGUACAGCGCGUCGUUGUUUCGGACUGGACUGCGUCUUUUUUCCUCUCAUAAUUAGAGCUACCUCUCACGACAUUUACUCCUGGCGUAUAAUCGACACACUACGUACGAAUAACUCAUGUGAAAGGAUAUUGUACCUGCUGUAACAUAAAAAUACAUUAGAAUGUUCUCUCUCGUUUGUGU